AUGGCAAGAAAGUGGCAGAAUCUGGUGGCACUAAGGCGUAAAAGAAUUGCCUUUCCAAGAGCUGUGGAUGGUGGUCGUGGUGCAACCAUUGUUGAUAAGGGUUGCUUUGUGGUGUACGCUUCUGAUGGAGUACGGUUUGUGAUACCAUUAGAUUAUCUCAAGAACGACAUUUUUCAAGCGAUCUUGGUGAUGGCUGAGGAAGAGUACGGUUUGCAGAACGAUGGGCCGAUUAGGCUGCCCUUAAGAGCCACCUUUAUGAACUACACAAUAUCUCAAAUCGAAUGUCCGAUGAGCAAAGAGCGUGAGGAAGAACUUCGCAUUGCUAUAACUUCAUGGCGGUGCUUGUCUACUUCAAACCUGCUGUCUGAACAAGCUCACACCCAGUUACUAGUCUGCUAA